CCUGAAAGUCUCAACUGGUUUUUUAAAGUAAGGAUCCGUCAGUUUUGGCUUCACUGGAUCCCACCAUUCUCAUCACAACACGUGCAAAAGAGAUUAGUAAUCGGGGAGACCAAGGUGUGCUGCCUACUUAUCAGAUAGAGUAAACCCUUCCUUUCAAGGUGCCUGAUUAUGUGAUGGAUGGGGGACCACUCGUUGAGGUUUCACAAGUGCCAGUUCAUUCAGUCUGACCCAGGACCGCAAGAACCAGCUGCUAACUGGUGUGUGUUCGUACGAUGACAUCCACGAACAAAGGCGGUGAGGCGAAGAAACAGGGGGUGAGCAGGAAGCAGCUCCUGGAAGAGCUGAACGAGAAGAGAGAGUCCUACUGUCUGGUGGAAAGAAGCAACCGGGUCAGCCUGCUACGAGUUCAGAAGAGGCACUUCAGCCAAGCCUACCAGUCCUUAUCGAGCAUGAAUGUCAAAGAAUCUGUUCCCGAAAGUAGCAGGACCUCCUGGAUCGAACGGGAUCUCUUUGUGCACAAGGAGAAGAGGCACUUUGUGCCAAAAAAUCAUGCCAUAUUUGGAUAAAGUACAUCUCCAGAGACAUACCAAUAAACUCUCUUCCUUCA